GGGCGGGAUUGAUCCGAAGGGCGACGACUGUAGUUUCUCUGGCGCAAACCAUGGCGGCCCAGGGUUUCGUCUCAACCAUCGAGCACAAGGCGUACGCCCGCAUCGGACUACUGGGGAACCCUAGCGAUGUCUACUACGGUCGCACUAUCUCCCUCUCGAUCGGCAAUUUCUGCGCCAACGUCCGCCUCGAGCCGUCCGCCGACCUCGUCAUCCGCCCGCACCUCACUCAUGAUCUCGUUUCCUUUUCCUCGAUCCACCAUCUUGUAUGUCGUUUACAAAGUGAAGGUUACUAUGGAGGGAUGAGAUUGCUGAUGGCUAUCUGUAAGGUUUUCUACAACUAUUGCUCUGACAAUAAAAUUGAGCUAAAAGGAGGAAACUUCACUCUGUCUUAUGAAACAAACAUCCCUCGUCAGACUGGGCUUUCUGGUUCAAGUGCAAUAGUUUGUGCUGCCCUUAACUGCCUCCUUGACUUCUUCAAAGUUAGACAUCUUGUAAAAGUUGACAUCAGACCUGAGUUGAUUCUUAGUGCGGAAAAGGAACUUGGAAUAGUUGCUGGUCUUCAAGAUCGGGUUGUGCAGGUCUAUGGAGGCCUUGUCUACAUGGACUUCAACAAGGAACAUAUGGAUAAACUGGGACAUGGUUUGUACGUUCCCAUGGAUAUUGGUCUUCUUCCUCCUCUCCAUGUAAUAUAUGCUGAGAAUCCAAGUGACUCUGGGAAGGUGCAUAGCACUGUUCGCCAAAAGUGGCUAGAUGGUGACAAGUUCAUAAGAUCUUCAAUGGAAGAAGUAGGAGAGCUAGCCCUAGAGGGUCGUGAAGUUUUACUCCAAAAGAAUUUCAAAGAACUUGCAAUGUUGAUGAAUCGCAACUUUGAUCUUCGAAGGCAAAUGUUCGGAGACGAUGUUCUAGGUUCUCUCAACAUCAAGAUGGUUGAGGUAGCUCGGAGUGUCGGGGCUGCAUGUAAAUUUACAGGUAGUGGAGGAGCCGUGGUGGCUUUCUGCCCUGAAGGACCUGCUCAAAUAAAAAAUCUGGAGGCGGCUUGCACGAAGGCUGGGCUUAAGAUGCAACAGGUUGUAGUUGUACCUUCUGUUCUUCAAGAUGAAGAUUUGAAAAACUGGUCCCAGUGAUUGAUUGGAGCCCCGAAGCUGCAACCAUUGGAGGAGUCUUGCACGAAGGCUGGGUUUAAGAUGCAACAGGUUGUAGUUGUGCCUUGUUUUCUUCAACGUGAAGAUUUGCAAACUUGGUCCCAGUGAUUGGAGCCUGGAAACUGCAGUCUUUUCAAGUCGUGUUAUGAAGAGAUAAAUAUGAAGUAGGAUACAACUAUGAAGAGAUGGGAUAUGCGUGUUGUUUCGUUUUCGUUUCAUAAUUGAUGCCUACCAGAGGAGAAAA